GCGGCAGAAAUAGGCGGAUGCUCUUUCGUGACUCUCUCUUUCUUGCGUCUUCCGCCGCAGUAGCAACAUCGGAGGCAAUAGAAUCGCCGGAGUCACAGAAGGCGCGAGCGGAUGUGAGGCAGGUGGCAUUGUCUUGGCUCACCUCAGCCUUGAGCAGCGGCCAGCCAUCGACAUCAGAAGAUGGGCACAAUGAGUUGAUGAAAUCAAGGAGGACAACGAAGAAGACGAAGGCAGGUGAUGGAGAUGUCUUCGAUGAGGAGUACCAUCCUGUGGAUGUAAUGACCCGUCUUCAGAGUGACAGUCAUAAAGCUGAAAGUGGAAUUAGUGAAUCAGAGCGUGUAUCAAUUGAUCGAGCUCGAAGAGAUGUGAUUCAGGGUAGGUUGUGUUUGAUAUCUCUAGCCGAGAGAGUUGUGCCCAUGCAUUGA